GCCCCAAGGCAGAUGGCCACGUCGCUUCAACCAAAGAGAUGGUCCACUGAUUCCUCCCUACGAUUGCCUUCUGGACUACAGCAUACACAACAGGAGGCAAUGAUUGCUUCCUUCUUCUUCAUGUUGAUAUCUACAAGGACUGCUCCAUUUAGGACUUUCCACGUGAACAUGGAAAUUUUUGGAGGAGCAACAAACAUAACACGGAAGAUGUCAGGCAACAUUCGUUCAGAUCGCUCAUCCUCUAGCAAUAUUGAUGUUUUUGAAGAUGUUCCUUGCUCACAAUCCUUUGAUUCGGAGUAUGAAAAUUUCAAAACUUAUAACUCAGAGAAAGAUGAUCUUUCCACCAAAUCAGUUCGCCCUCUCGAAACAUUUAGUGCUUUUGAACCUUUUUCUGAAGGGAAUUUCGAGGGUUUCGCAUUGCAUUCUGAAGAUGUGCAGGUAAAAACUACAUCUAGGAGAUUAGCUGAAGCUAUGCCCAACUGUCGGCAAGCUAAGGAUCAUCUCGAGUUGAGGUCAGGAUCUGAUAGUAUUGAUGAAACCAGAAUCUUGCUUGGGAAACACGCCGAUAGUAACAACCAUAAUGAAGAGCUGGAAAUAAAUCCUUUUGGUAAUGUCGUAGGACCUGAGCAGCUUGCAGCUGAAAGCUAUUCACACAAGGAAGCUGGUCUAGGUGAUCCUGCAGCAGAUACAAUUUGUUACACUAAUCGUGCUUGUAGUGGAGAUGAAGAUGGUUUGAGAGAAAUUGCUGAUGAGGAUGACACUGCUCUACGUUACCUUGUGGUUGAUAGUGCACUUGACGAAGUGAAGAGCAAUUCCUUGCUGUUGGAGGGGUCAAACAUGGUAGGUCGAAAAGUUCAUAAGUUGUUCGGAAGAAAGAAAUAUAGUGGAGAAGUCAUUAGCUAUGACACUGAAAACAGUUGGUUCAAGGUGUUAUAUGAAGAUGGUGAUGAAGAGGAUUUGGAAAGGGAAGAACUGGAGGCAGUUUUGGUUCCUCUCAAUAGAGAUCGUAAAAGGCCUGUAGAUAAUGUUGUUAAGCGUGAAAGGUCAGAAAGGAUCAGACCAAGGUGUGAGAAUCCUAAUCCUAGUCAGGUAGUAGUGCUGGAAUCUCCAUCUUCCAGAUCAUUGGGGAGACCCUGUCGGAAGAGGGCAGGGAAGUCAUCCAGCACGGAGGAAGGGUCAAGGAGAAGGAAUUCCCAAACUUCAACCUCCAAUCCAAAACAAGAGAAUCGGAAAAGGAAGUCUCUAAGAAUAGUGGCAUCAAGCAGCGGAGGUUCACAAAGAAAAGGUAUGAUGGAAGCGGUGGUGGGGAACAAGGCAUCCAUGAAUAUUGCUGCAGAGAAACACAAGUACUGUUUGACAAAGGUGGGGCCCAAGAAACAGAAGAGUGCAUUUACCACUGUGCUAAGCAACCAUGAGAGCAUCGGCACUGACCUUGCCUUUGGGAGUGACGUAAAUAGAGUAGCAGUAGACCCUCGAAAAAAACAUAAGACCAAUGCGGCGAUGGCAGACCAGUCAUCUCACUCAAACAAGAAGGCUGUAUCUUCAACAAAGGCCGGCAUCAACCACGCCUUUGGGAGUGAUGUAAAUGCAGUACCUGAUACUCGGAAAAAGCAUAAUACUCAUGCAGCAAUGGCAGGCCAGUCAUCCCGCUCAAUCAAGAAGGCUGUAUCUCCAGCAAAGGCCGGCAGCGACAAGAAUAUUGCUGCCAAUCAAUUUGCAGUCGUCGAUGUUGUUAAUCCACUUGCAUUAGAUGCCUCACUGACCAAAAACAAGAGCAAUUUAGGUCGUGGUGUUGCAAAAAAACGUAAGUACCACUCAGCAAAGAAGGCGAGUAAGAACGUCAAUGGCCAACAAAUGAUGGUUGAUGUAUACCCGGUUGCGAUAGAUGGUUUACAGAAAACACAUAAAAUUAAUUCAGUAAAUGGUAAGCAGCCUUGUCGUGUUCAGAAGGAACUAGAGUAUCACUCAGUUAACACAGGUCACGCUUCCUUAGACACACAAAUAUUGAACAUGAUCAAUUCAGAGCAGCUUGAGGUUGCAGGCGCAAUAAAUCUGUUGUCGUUGAUUAUACCCACAUCACAACUUAAAAGGAAGAUGACCAACACCAAUCCUAGCAGCCGCAGAGGCCCAAUGCAGAAUGAGACUGCAAGUGCAUCUGGUAAUACAGGCUCCCGUAAGUUUAUUGGCAAGCAGUUGGUGAAGAAUGUUGGUGGUGUGCCGUGCCAUGGAGAGAUUGUUGGAUUCAGGAGAUGUUAUAAGGUUCGCUAUGAAAACGGCACCACGGAAAAUCUUAUUUGGAGCGAGGUGGAGCCAUUCCUGACUAAUCGUCGGUAGAUAUUCACAUCUUUUUUUCUUUCUUUUUAUUCAUAUCUGAACUGGUUUGUAUAAAUGGUAAACAUGUUGCUGAUCUGGGCCGAUUGAUAUUUUAAUUACUCGGUACUCUUUUUUUAUAGUUCAAAAAAUUACCUAGUAAAAGAAUCUCAGCCGUUAGGCUCA